CCGGCCCCGGUGCGUGCGGCGCUGCCCGCCCCGCUCGCCCCGCUCGCCCCGCUCGCCCGCUGGCACAGCCCGCCCGGCGGAGGGGGGCGAGGAGGGCUCUCCCCGCCAUGGCCUUCACCUUCGCCGCCUUCUGCUACAUGCUGUCGCUGGUCCUCUGCGCCGCCCUCAUCUUCUUCGCCAUCUGGCAUAUAAUUGCCUUUGAUGAGCUUCGGACAGACUUCAAGAGCCCCAUCGACCAGUGCAACCCGGCACACGCAAGGGAGCGGCUGAGGAAUAUUGAGAGGAUUUGCUUCCUCCUGCGAAAGCUGGUGCUGCCAGAAUACUCCAUCCACAGUCUCUUCUGCAUAAUGUUUUUAUGUGCUCAGGAGUGGCUCACACUGGGGUUAAAUGUUCCUUUGCUUUUUUAUCACUUAUGGAGGUAUUUUCGUUGCCCAGCAGACAGCUCAGAGCUGGCCUAUGAUCCCCCUGCAGUCAUGAACGCAGACACCUUGAGCUACUGCCAAAAAGAGGCCUGGUGUAAGCUGGCCUUCUACCUCCUUUCCUUCUUCUACUAUCUCUACUGCAUGAUCUACACUCUGGUGAGCUCUUAACUGAAAGAUCAUCUCUAAAGACUGAAAACAACAAAGGCUGGAGGUGCAAGGACGAGUGAACCAAGGGAUGCAUGAUUAAAAAAAGCAAGGAGGAAAACUUUGAACCCAAGCAGUAAAUAUGGUACAUGAAAGAGAGAUCCAGCAAAGAGAAGCAGAAUACCAUUGGAGAAUGGCUGAGUUAAUUGUGUUUGUCUCCUGUUCCUCAAUGUAUUGCAGCAAAUGAUUUUCAAAACCCAAGCAAACAAAAAAAAAAAAAAAAAAUUGCAACAACGUGGGCCAAAUUAUACAACUAUUCACCUCUGCAGGAAUAAUGCUGCUUGUUUUAGUGGACUCAUUAAAACUGUAAUCCCUACAGUCCCUGCUGUCUUCCAGGAAGCAAUGUUUCUUUUCUUAAGGACAAUUCUGGACUGAGGAAGCACAGGACAAGAGGAUCUUACACAAGAAGAGCUGUACCACACAUUCUGCAAAUGAGCACUGAGUGGACUUGAGAUAAGAUGUGUGACUGUCCUGCAGGGCUAUUCUCGUGACACUAGUCAAAUCUCAUGGAACUGCUUCAGUGGUUUUGGUUUGUUGGGGUUUUUUUAUCCAACCAAAACAAGAAUAACAAAAGAAUUUGCAGUUUCAGUGUUCUGUAUUCUAACUAUAUGCUCUUCCUGCAGGUGAUCAUCCUGCAGUGUAUUUCUGUACUUCAUUUGUGAUGCACCAACACCAUACAUGACAUGUAGAAAUAUAUUUGGUUUAACCUAAUCAGGCCAAGCACUUAUCAGAAUAGUGUUCCUCUGUCUGAAAAAAACCAAACAAAACCAAACCAGGUAAAAGCUUGCAUAUAUGUAAAGAGGAUUUUAACGUAGCUAUUAUAUUCAUCACAAUGCUGGAUAGCAAAUACUGGACCAGCUAAUUGUGGUCUGUAAUUCUGCUUUGCAGUUUUACUUCUGCUGUAAAAUUUAAGCUGGAACAAAUACACAAAAUGUCUUUGUCUUGUAUGAGGCUCCUCUUGAAAGAUGUUCAGUUUUUUUAAUAAUUUAAAGGUUUUAAAAUUUUGUCAUAGAGUUCUCAUUCAAAUUCAUUUAUAUGGGCUGCAUAUCUUUAUACAUAUAUAUAUGUAUAUAGAAAUAUGUAUCUACAUAAAUACAAUCUAUUUGUAUUUUAGGUUAAUCUGUUUGAGGGCAAAGGUACCAAGUGUCCAGAACUGCUGCUUCUGAAAUAAAUCUAUUUCAGUGCUGACCCAGGUGAAGCCAGACUCACUCCCUCAAAGUCACUGGUGCUGUGGGUAGUAGCAAGGCUGUAAACUCAAGACUAACACCAGAGUGUUCACAGUGCUUGGUUCUUGCAUUUGGAAUGAGCUGAUAAGGGUUGACAUUCUUUAAUUUACAGUAGUUUCAUUAAUUUUCAGUAGUUUUUAUUGGAUACAUUUUAUCUUCAUACAUUGAGGUAUACCCAGUUCUAGAAGCAAAAGGCUGCCAAAUCAGAUGUUGGGUUUUGGUUGCACAUGCCACAGAGGUGGCUGAAGUGCUCUUGAAAUCACACUGGUCCUGCAGGCAAUACAGAUGUGUUCUCUUGGAGUGAGCCUGAGCUAAGAAACUUCACUGGAUCAUUGCAGACCUAACUGAUAAUGCUCUGCUGCUGUGGAAUAGUUAAUGCACCACCCAUGAAAAGCUGAUGAUUGUUUGUAACUGAAUUUCUUCUCUGCAUCCCAACUAAAGCAUCUAGUUCUACAACAGUAAAGGAACUAGAUUCACAGGAAUAAAUCACAGUGAAUAACUUCUAGGUGUCUUGCUACCUCAUAAAACUUUCAUCUCUGAGCAGGUGACUGAAUCUUUCCAUGUAUCUUAUAGGAUUUCAUAGGAGAUGAAAAGAAAUUAUUUCAGGUUCCCUAUAUUCCAAAUACAUGCUUUAAAAUCAGUUUCAUUGAAAGGCUUGGAAUUUUCUGAGGUUGAAUGGGUGAAAGUAUGAUUACUUCUUGCCUGAAAACACAGUUUUUAAAUGCUAAGUUUUAGGGAUGAGCUGGACUGCUGGCAGGUCAAUUGUUUGCCUGCAGGGCUGAGUGGAAGAUCUGAGUUUUUCUAACUGGCACUGGCCUCUAAUUCUUGACUUUGCACAAAAAGCAAUUGUGUAUGUGGGUCUUCUGAAUGCAGCCUCAGGGGACUUCAAGGACUGGAGUGGAUGUGCUUGGUCAUUUGGAAGAGGUUCUCUAUUUCAGAGAACUUUAUCAAUACACUUCCCAAACUCCACUGGAGAGCAGAACACUUCAUUUGAUCCUACUGCUGCUUUGAGUGAGUGUUUCCAGGAUUUCACUGCUCUGCUACUAGAAUUUUUUUUUUUUUUUUUGCAUUUCCAGAGUAAAUUUAUGCUUAGAUAAUUUAUUCCACUUGCUUUUGAGCCAACAUUAGCCUAAGCACACUUUCUCUCAUGCCCCUUAAGAUUUCAAUAUAUAGAGAAAGAAGUCCUUUUCACCCUCCACUCUGAUAAAAGUCAGCUGUCUCUUGUCCUCCUAUAGAAAACUCUAUUCUCCAUGUCCUCUUUAAAAGGUUUCUCCAUAGUCUUUCCAGAGAAAUUAAUAUUUCUUAGGAGUGUAUAAUCACAGCUGUUCAGAGUAUUCUGGAGAGAAUCUUGCCCUAAUUAGUCCUUGCUGUGAAUGGACAAUGAAAGCUAACACUCUCAGUUCUUUCCAGUAAUACUUAUUCAAAAAAGCAACCACACAGCUCUGAAUAGCAUUUUGUUCCUCUUUGAGAUAAAUCUUAAAGCUGAUUGAAAAACUGAUUAAUAUUAGGAUACCUUCCCUUUAAUUGUAUUUAGUCUGCAGGGGCAGGAGUUGGACUCAAUGAUCCUUGUGGGUCCCUUCCAGCUCAGGAGAUCUGCUUUAACCAAAGCAAGGGAUGUAAACUGUGUAGUUGUUGCUGAAGAAUCUGUGAUCUUUGGUCACAAAGAAGUGUCUCCCCCAUGUCACACUUUUGAGGGAGAAAUAAUCUCUGCCAUCCUUUCUGUCUCCAGUUCCUCCUUGUUGGUUAGUGGAGGCUGGAGAUUUCCUCUGCAAUUUCCUGCUUUCUUCCUGUCUCUUUUCCCAGAAGGGUGAAUGCCAUUAUUUAGGAGCAGAGUUCUCUUCUCUCACAUGUCUGAUGGUGUAGAUAAAUCCCAUAAGACAUAAGAAAACUCAUCAUCAUCCUUUGCUCCUUCAGAAGCAGGUGUGAAAUGAGCACACUCUUAAACAAGUACUCAUUUUCUUUAACUGCACCUUCUGUGAAGUGAAAGAGGUGAUGCUUAUUUUGUGAACUCUUCCCAUACAUGCUGUAGUUUGUUUUUUUUUUUUCCAGUAACUGUUGAAUCUGCUUAUAAGAAAAAGGUAAGAGGUGGAAAAAGAUGGGAGGGGAUGGGACCUGCAUGAGCUGCUUACCAGAGGCAUCUACACAGAGUGCUGACCUUUAGCUGCUUGUUCCUGGAAGGGAUGAAAGGCAAGGUCUCCUAUUUAUAGUCAGGUAAUUGCAGUGAUGCUGAAUAAAAUUGUUGCUGCUCUGACUUUUUCAGUUUCAAGUACAGCAAAUCAGUGCUGAUAGCAGAAUGCUUCGCCUACAAAUAAUUAACUGUACUUAAGCUGUCAGAAGUGUUUUUCCAUCUGCUUCCUUGAGCCAUACUCUUCCUUUUGCACUAAGCCCCUGAAAGAGAAAAAAAAAGUUCUUCAACCUACACCUUACAGAAACUGCUCUGAGGUUGUUAUGAUCUGGCACUGCUGUUGGGGUCAUGAGUAAUCCUACAUUAUUAGCAGGGGUAUUAGCAAUCUAUUGCUUUUCCUUUCUCCAUUCCAUCUCCACACUGAUAUUUUUUGACAAAAAAAUUUUAAAAUCACAGCGCAUGAUCCAAAAUCCUUGAAUUUACUGGAGGCUAUUUGUUGUUUCCAAUGAGAAGCAAACAAAAAAUGUUUCCAUUUAACGCCCAUUCCCUCUACAUGUGGAAUAGAUUCACAUUAGAAAGUCUCUAGAUUUUUGUUGGUAGGGAUUCCAUCCUUUAGAUCUUGACACCACAUCCAUUUAACUGAAUUGUGUUAAUGGAAAGGGAACCUGCAUUUUUGAGGGAUAAGGGUAACAUUUCAAUGCUCAUGUCAAACAGAAAGUUAUACCAACUUGGUAAAAAUCUGGCUAUGUGGAAGUUGAUGGAAAUCAUACCUUUUGUUUCAUGUAGCCCCACUUAACAAUGCACAGUUUCUACCAAGAGGUUGGUGGAAAAUUAAAAAUAGAAAAAAACCCAAAUAAAUACAAUAAGUUUAGUUCAUCAAAAAUGCUAUUGGAUGUUAGAUAAAGCUGGAGUUGCUACAAAUAGAACAGGAGAUGAAAAGGUCGAAAUAAACAGAGAAUUGGGGUUUUUAUUCUUUGGGAAGCCAUGAAUAUUGGGCUGCCAUCCAGGCUGCACUGAACUUUACAUUGCUGAUCUCAGUCCAGAUUCCUGCUCUGGUGAGUUUUUUGAUUAUCUAUUGCUCAUGAACACAUUGUUCUGGUUUAUUUUUGUUCUGCUCAGUAACACAGUUGUAGGUGGGAAGGAGGGAAAAUUCUCCCAUGAAAUACCAUAUUCCCCCUCUUUUCUCCCAGGAAACAUGUGAACAUGCUGUAACAAAAUUCUGAUGAUGUGUUUCAGUGGUACAUCUCAACCAAAGAAUGAAGUUCUUUGCUGCAGACAAUAUUCUGAUGCAAUGUAAUAAACCACAGGUCUAGAAAUAUUUUUUAGUGCUUGCACACUUGAAGUAGUUAUUUUACUACCUCUACUUGCUGGCAGACUUCCCAUGUAAGAGAAAAUAUGCUUUUGUGGCCCAACUCCAUGACUUUCUGCACAGUCAAACUCUCAGUAAAACUCUGAGGAAUGUAAAGUGCUUUUAAUUUUUUUUUUUCUAGUUAUGAGACCCCAUAUUUGAGUAAUAUGUUAUGGCAAUUGAAUAAAGCAUUAAAAGCCAAAAUCUCCUGUUUAGUCUGAAUCUCAAAAAGAUGUUGCUCCUUUUUUCCUGUAAAUUAUCCCUAAUAUCACCAGUCUUCUGACAGACCUGAAGAAAUCUGCCUGUCCCAUUGUUCUGACAGUUUCAGUCUUUUUAAACAGAUUUGCAGCCACUGAUCAUUAGUGGGAAACACUGACUGGAAAGAACAACUUUUACAGACCACCCCAAGAUUUAUGGAAACAUCUUAAGUAACACAGAAGUUGUCCAGUCUUCUGGAAUACCUCUCACCUGUAAACUAUUACUUUUAUUACUUAUAUUGCUGUAUUACUUUUAUAGUAAUACACAGCACCAAGCACUUAAUAGUACAAGUAGUACCUAGUACAAGUCUUGUAGAACAAGCAGAGCAGGAUUUCUCUCUGUGUUCUAAGAGCUCUUGUGAGAUGGAGGCAUUUCUCUCUCUGAGUAGUGCCUGGUACUGCACAGGUGAAAUUGGGAAUUACAUAUAGAUGGUAUUAUAAUCCUAAAUAAUGCAUACUUUUCCUCAUGGGAGGAAGCAAUGGAAUUCAGUGGAAUUAGUCAGAAUGCAUUUUUCCACUGCCACCAGGAGGGUACCUGACCUGGGCUGUUGCUGUGACAAACUGAACUGUGCUUCAGCCUCUGAAUGCAUGUGUGCUGUAAUUUGAUGUUGCCAGAAAGCAUUAAAAUGUGAAGAAUAGUGAUCAGAACUGCUCCCCAUUUCAGUGUUUUGCACCCUUCUAAUUCAUUUUGGCUUUACCCAUUUUUCCUCUUCCUUUAUCACAUGGUGGAUCCUAUUUCACUCAUCUUUCAGUGCUACAUUUAAAGCAAACCCAGUGCAAGCUCAGGCUAAAACAGUGGCACUGGUUCUAGUCCAAAUCCUUCAUCUACCUGUGGACAUUUAUUUGAGAAUAAAAUUAUCCUAGUUUGGUUGUAACUAGGUGCAAAUGGAAAUCAGCUAUUUCAAUAGGCAUCCUUUUCAUCCUGGAAAGUGAAUAAAGCCACAUUCAUGCAGGAGUUUGAUGAUUUAAUGUGCAUUAGCACAAAUUUGUUAUUCACCCAAA